GAGAGAUCAAGCGAGUGAGAGUAGUGUGGAAGCAAACCCCCCACGAUCUGCGUUCUUUUUUUUCUUUCAACAACAGUCUUCUCAGAUCGGAACUUUCAGACAUUCCGACAAAAGCUAAAAAAGGUGUCUGGGAGAUUUGUUAGAAAAAUGGAACGGUACGGUCGCCGCGCCGGUGAAGAAGGGUCGCGAUCGGAUCCGUCGAGUGGAUGGGACUAUCAUGGAGUCGAAACUUCGAUGGGGCGGUUAGAGUUGAGAGGAAGUGGAGCUGGAGGAGAAUGUUACCCGGAACGAUCCGAUGAACCUGAUUGUAUUUAUUACUUGAGAACCGGUGUUUGUGGGUACGGGUCAAGAUGCCGGUUUAAUCACCCGCGAGAUCGUGGAGUGGUUACUGGAGGUGUGAGAGGAGGAGGAGGAGGAGAUGGAGCUUUACCGGAGAGGAUGGGACAUCCGGUUUGUCAGCAUUAUAUGAGAACGGGGACAUGUCAGUUCGGUGCUUCUUGCAAGUAUCAUCAUCCUAGACAAGGAAGUGGUUCGGUUGUGCCUGUCUCGUUAAGUUAUUUGGGAUUUCCAUUACGUCCGGGAGAGAAAGAGUGUUCCUAUUACAUGAGAACCGGUCAGUGUAAAUUUGGUUUGACAUGUAAGUACAACCAUCCCGUUCCACUCUCUGUACAAGGACAACCUCAGCAGCAGCCACAGCCUCAACUACAGACUAUAUAUCCAACACUUCAAUCUCAAUCCAUGCCUUCUUCUCAACAGUAUGGUUUAGUUUUGUCAAGGCCUUCUCUUUUACCUGGUUCUUAUCUUCCAAGUCCUUACGGUCCUCCUCCAAUGGUUCUGCCUCCAGGGAUGGUUACAUACCCUAGUUUGAACCCUUACCAGGCUUCGCCUUCUCCUGGAACACAACCGUCUAUUGGAUCAAGCUCUGUUUAUGGAAUGGCGUCUUUAUCUCCUUCAGGGACUGCUUAUACAGGAACAUACCAAUCUGGUGGGCCUUCCUUGACUACCUCAACAGAACAAUCUUUUCCUCAGCGACCUGAUCAACCUGAGUGUCAAUACUUCAUGAGAACCGGUGACUGUAGAUUCGGAUCUUCGUGUAGAUACCAUCAUCCUCUAGAUUCAGUUCAACCUAAUCCUGGUGUUGUCCUCAGCUCCAUUGGCCUUCCACUUCGUCCCGGCGUAGCACAAUGCACUCACUUUGCGCAACACGGAAUCUGCAAGUUUGGACCGGCGUGUAAGUUUGAUCACUCAAUGAGUUCACUUAGCUACAGCCCUUCUGCUUCUUCGCUAACCGAUGUCCCCGUGGCUCCAUACCCAAUUAGAUCAUCCUCACUCAGCGGCACAUCAGCUCCAAUAAGUUCAGGCAAUGAACCCACCGCAGUAGUCAGUGGCUUGAGCCGUGAAGAGCCAGCUGAGACCAGUGGUGAUUCCGCUAUAGAAGCUAAGACUUCUUCAAGUUGA